AUGACGCUUUUCAAAAAAUUUAGUGGCGAAUUAUCUGACCCAGAGAGUAGUGACUCUGACAGUAUCGAUUCCGAUGAAGAGUUGCAGAAGGCAUUUGCUGAAGGCAAGUUAAAAUCAGGUUUUGUCAUAGAAGCUGCUCCUAAGAAACAGCUGAUAAAGAAUAAGAUUGGGCUGUUACAAAAGUUAGAUGAAAUGAAAGUGAACUUAGAUUGGAUUGAGAGAUUAGAUAUGGUUAAUACACCAGCCAGAGUUCUACCCGGUAUUGAAGAAGAGGAUAGUCAACAAGAUAUUCAUAAUGAUUUCAAACGAGAAAUGACAUUUUACAGACAGGCACAGUCAGCAGUUUUAGAAGCCUUACCUAAAUUACAUAAAGUAGGUUUAAAAACUAAAAGACCUGAAGAUUAUUUUGCUGAGAUGGCCAAAUCUGAUGAUCACAUGAAAAGGGUACGAGAAAAAUUGUUAGAAAAGCAACUUGGUAUGGAAAGAUCGGAAAAAGCUAAGAAAUUAAGAGAUUUACGUAAAUAUGGUAAACAGGUUCAAAAAGAAGUAUUACAGAAGAGACAGAAAGAAAAAAGAGAUAUGCUGGAGGCUGUUAAGAAAUAUAGAAAAGGUCAGUUAAAUUUUAAGACGUUCCUUCCAUACAAAUUUGAAAAAUGCUCUGAAAUGACGCCCAAUAAGAAAAGGAUAUAUAAAAAUGCUAAAUUUGGUUUUGGUGGCCAGAAGAAAAGAUCUAAAAGUAACACGAAAGAAUCAGUCAAUGAUGUUAAACAAUAUGGAAGAAAUUUUUCUAAAAUUAAAAAAUCUUCCAAAAAGGGUGGUUCAAUGGUAAGUUAUACAAACAAUAAAAGACUGGGUAAAUCAAGACGACAAAAUGUUAAAAGUAAGAAGUAG